AGCACCCGCGGCCGGCGGACGGAGCGGGCGGGGCCGCCCCCCCCCCCUCCCCUCACUACACCCUGCCCGCGCCCCCGGCGCUCACCUUGGGCGCGGAGGGGAGGCGGCGGCGGCGGCGGGAGGCUGAGGCACGGCCGGAGGGAGCCAGCGGCUGGAGUGUUCUGCCAAGGGACAGCACUGAGCCUCCCCCCGUGUCAGUGCUCUUCGCCUUGCGGUCUGCGAGCUGAGGGAACGUCCCGAACUCCGUAGAAGGGCUCAGUGAAAGCGACUGGAACCACCAGCCAAGAAAGUUGUUCUGCGGAGACUGUCGAGCUUUUCUUCUGUGGCUUCUGCUCAGUGAGAUCAGCUAUGGAAUACACGCAAGAACACGGAGCAUGUCUUGAGCAAACGCAGAAGUACUGUGUGGAGAGACCAAUAUAUAACCAAGAGAUCUUGCAAGGACAGCUGCGCAGGCGGGACAGAACACCUCAGACUUUAAGGCAGAAGAUUGCACACUCUUGUCGUUGUUCCUCUAAGAAAGCCAAGUCUUACCUUUACAGUUUCUUACCAAUUUUAAAAUGGCUUCCCAGUUACCCAGUAAAGGAAUACUUAUUAGGAGACAUUAUCUCAGGUAUAAGCACUGGAGUUAUGCAGCUUCCUCAAGGGUUAGCUUAUGCUUUGCUGGCAGCUGUUCCCCCAGUGUUCGGCCUUUAUUCUUCAUUUUAUCCUGUCUUUCUGUAUACUUUUUUUGGGACCUCCAAACACAUAUCAAUAGGCACUUUUGCUGUGAUUAGUAUGAUGGUUGGAGGGGUAGCUGUUAGACAAGUGCCUGAUGAGGUGAUUUCUGUGGGCUAUAACGCAACGAACACUACGUAUGCCUCCGAAUAUUACAGCAACAGGGAUUUCAAACGGGUGCAGGUGGCUGUGACUCUUGCAUUUCUUUCAGGAAUUAUCCAGUUGUGUUUAGGUCUCCUUCGAUUUGGGUUUGUAGCCAUCUAUUUAACAGAGCCUCUGGUGCGAGGAUUUACUACUGCUGCUGCAGUUCAUGUCUUCACUUCUCAGUUAAAGUAUCUCCUUGGAGUUAAGACUAACCGAUACAGCGGACCCCUCUCAGUUGUGUAUAGCAUAGUUGCUGUGUUUUCAAAAAUAACAACGACCAAUGUUGCUGCACUGAUUGUUGGAUUAACGUGCAUUGUUCUGUUGUUGAUUGGCAAGGAAAUCAAUCUCCGCUAUAAGAAAAAGCUCCCAGUUCCUAUUCCUAUGGAGAUAAUUGUGGUUAUUAUUGGCACAGGAGUUUCAGCUGGAAUGAAUCUGACUGAAUCAUAUGGAGUGGAUGUUGUAGGGAAUAUUCCUCAAGGGUUAAGAGCACCAGCAGUUCCUGAGAUUCAGCUCAUCCCAGCAAUAUUUGUGGAUGCGAUAGCAAUAGCAAUAGUUGGAUUUUCAAUGGCUGUAUCAAUGGCCAAGAUCUUUGCCCUUAAACAUGGUUACACCAUUGAUGGGAAUCAGGAACUUAUUGCCUUGGGAAUAUGCAACUCUGUGGGGUCGUUUUUCCAAAGCUUUUCAGUCACUUGUUCAAUGUCUCGGAGUCUUGUUCAGGAAAGCACUGGUGGGAAAACUCAGAUUGCAGGUGCACUCUCUUCAAUUAUGGUUCUGUUGGUAAUUGUGGCUAUUGGAUACCUCUUUGAACCACUUCCACAGACAGUGCUAGCUGCAAUUGUAAUGGUGAACCUGAAAGGAAUGUUUAAGCAGUUUGGAGAUAUCGCGCACUUCUGGAAAACCAGUAAGAUCGAGCUGGCCAUCUGGGUGGUAGCUUUUGUGGCUUCUCUCUUCCUGGGACUAGACUAUGGUUUGCUUACUGCAGUAACGUUUGCAAUGAUAACCGUUAUUUACAGAACACAAAGACCUCAGUACAGAAUCCUCGGUCAGAUUCCUGACACAGAUAUCUACUGCGAUGUGGAAGAGUAUGAAGAGGUUAAAGAAUGUCCUGGUAUAAAAAUAUUUCAAGCUAAUGCAUCCCUUUAUUUCGCCAAUAGCGAGUCGUACACAAGUGCACUGAAGAAAAAGACUGGAGUGGACCCUUGUGCCAUAUUAGCAGCAAGGAGAAAAGCCCAGAAGAAGCACGCCAGGGAAAUAAAGAAGGCUAACGAACUCAAAAAGAAAGCUGUAUUGAAGCUAGUGAAUUCUUCGAGUAAUGAUGUGGAAGGAAAUGUAAAACAUGAGAUAGCAAAUGAUGAGUUACCCGUAAAUGGAAAAUCUCUUGAUGAGCUUGAACACUUCGUGGAGCCCGAAACAAACAUCCACUCUUUAAUUCUGGAUUUCACCCCAGUGAACUUUGUGGAUUCAGUUGGAGCAAAAACCUUAAAAUCAAUUAUAAAAGAAUACAAAGAAGUUUCAGUCCACGUCUGUAUUGCCAGCUGUAGCGGUCCUGUUAUGAAUGAGCUGACAAGACUGAAUUUUUUUGACGACACUGUAACAAGAGAGCUGCUCUUUCACAGUAUUCACGAUGCUGUCCUUGCUUGCCAAGUGAAACACAGGUCUGCUUCACAGACUGCCUCAGACCUCUGAGGACUGACAUCUAGCAGAAUGGAAGUCAGAUUUAUGCUGAUAGAGACUCUUUUCAAAUAUUUAAUUUGCACAGUUUAAAGAGAGCCUAAGGCUAUUUGUAUCUACGGGUAUAGGGUGGGGCUUUCAGUAGGAAGAGUGGACAAGGAAUUUGGAAGCCUUCAUGCUCUUGAAUUUUUUCCUUCCAUCAGGGUACAGCCUUCCAAUGACAUAAACAUGAAAUUAUGCAAGGUGAGAAAACUCGUAGUAAGCUACAGUCCGAAUCUGAUAGACAAGGUGACAUUCCUAUUCCUGUUGAGAAAAUGGGCACUUUAACUCACUGCAAGCUGGGAUCUUGCAGAAGAAAACUGUUCUGCAAUUCCAAUGCACUGUACCAGUGUCUUUACAGUUUUUUUGUAGAUUACUUUUAAAGCCUGAUGUCAACAUCUGCAUACCACAGAUUUGUAUAAACUGUAAUGAUCUGCCAGCUGGAUUCAUGAAUUCACACUGGUGGCAUUAGCUGCUCCUGUUUUUAAAUCUUGAUGGUACAGUUGUUUUUUUAAUUACCUAACCUGUCUCAACUGUGUUUAUCCUUUUGUUGCCUGAAUAUUUUCACUCUUAAGUGAAUUUCAUGUUAAAAAACCUCCUGUUUAAUUGUUACGUUAUCAAUAUGGUACUUUCACUGCCAAAACCUAGUUAUACUUUCUAAAAAAAAUAAUACAGCUGGUUUUAAGCUAAAAUUACUUUAGCUUCAGGUUUGUAGACAAAACUGGCUUAAGGCAGGAAUGAGGCCUAUUAAAAUUACCUUAAGAAUGGAUGCCCUAAAUGCAGUUGGAAUAAAAAGGUAGACAAGGUCUAAAGUCUCAGUGGUCCAAAAGGAGAAAUACUUUCCCAUUGCCUGAGACGUCUUUCUACCAGCACUGCUGCUUCUGCCUCAGCUUUUAAGUGCUUUGUGAAAUAGAUUUCAGUAGAACUCCAAAAUGUGUUUGGGUAUUUUUAAUGAAUCAGUAGCUUGUUUUUUUUUCUUUUGGCCUUACAACCUGGCCACUAUGGUACUCUUUGACUUUGUGUGUGUCGCAAAAUAUGGAAAUAUAAUUCAGGCAAAACAGAUCUUCAAUGCCUGUAUCCCCCUAACAACAACCAAUAUGAAUCUGAUCAAAGGUAGGAAUGUGAAAGUGUUCCUCUGUAAGUUAUUUCAAUAGCACAGGGGCAGCGGAGGAGGGUUAAGUAAUUUUGUUUAGCACCCUCAAAGCAAAGGUCCUGUGCAUACGGAAAUUCAGACUACUUCCUCUCUUCUCAGUGCAGAAUCUGCUACUUUUAUUUUGGUUCAAACUGUUGCGCUUAGGGUUUGCUUCAAGUAAACUGAGUUUUCCAAGAACUGGGGGCAGUGGGGGAAGGUGUUUCCUUUCUUUGGACUCCCCUGCCACUAGGGAUAGGAAGCUUUCUGCAUCAGAAGUUACUGCUUAGCUGGAGUUCAAAGUAUGAAUUGAAUGCACGUUAACACAGUGUGUGUGUUUAUUUAAAAAAAAAACUUUUGGUACAUUUUAUAAAGUUAACUAGUUUAACAAGCCUUUGUAUCUAUAUACAGUAUAUUUUUCUACUUUCAGCUUGUUGCAGCUUCAGUUUUUAACUAUGUAGUCUCUUCAGUUCACAUCAAAAUCUUGUCAACUUCUAAAAUAAAGUGAUUGUCAUGACA